ACCAAAGCAUCUUUCCGGUUGAUAAAAAAGGAGAGAAAUUCGAAGGAAUGUUGAAUGACAGUUUAAUAGAGUUUGCGUGUUAAAGCAGCACACGAUUCUAAAAAUGGCACGUCUUCAAGAGUUAUUGAGCAUCAAGGAGGAUUUUGGGUCAAUGAUUGACAGGAUUCAACCCUGGAUAUUGUCUCACUUUGUUAUGUGGCUGGAUCUCAAAAUCGCAGAGUACAAGGUGUAUGGCUACAUGAUGCUGGAUGAAAGUGGUGUUGAUGGGGUAGGAAAUAACACUAGUCGCAGCAGUCUGAGCCCGGACUUAUCUUCCCUUGCACGAUCAACACCGCCAAAAUCACGACGACAGGGUAUUCAAAUUGUUCCCAAGCCUCUCUCUCCGAAGAAUAUUCAUAGUAGCAUAUCUAGACGGUAUCAAGUUGAAAAAGAUGGACACUUUCAGAACAUGAAUUCUUUAUUUUUGAAUUCCUUUCCAAAAAAGCAAGGAGCAGAAAGAAACUCAACCUUGCAACAGCAGAGAAAUGAAACCCAUAUAUCACCAGAGAAGUCAGUUGUUCAUACAGACCUGCAUAUACCGAAUGUGAGGCAGUUACAGACUAAUAUUGAUGAAAGGUCUGACAUGUAUCUGGGCUUCGUACCAAAUCAAGAGAGUCCAGACAACAGGUUUACUGACAGAGUGAUUAGUGGAAUAAAACGGCCUGCUACAGACUCUCCUGACUCUAGUCAAAGUCUGACACAUACCAACACUUCAGGCAGUGGCAGACAGCAGGAAAGUGAUGGUGGGACAACAGCGCUGUACAAAAGUCAACAAUUCAGUACACUCAUAUCUGACUCCCGACCCCAGAAGUUUGACCAGAUAGACAGAUGGAACGUUGGAGAUCAGACAGGAUCACACAUGUCCACAAAUGAUUCUAAUGAUACUGAUGAAAAUCAGAUCUUGAAAAAUGUCACAGUGAUUGACCUGGCUGAUGGUUCUCAGAGGCAAAGUGAACAAUGCUCUAGUACACUUGAAAAAGAAUAUAUUGAAGAUGGGGAUAAAUUCUCAACGAAUCCAGAAAUGAAUGUUGAUAACUCACAGUCACAACAGCCAUCGAUGGAAGAAGAUGUUGGACAUCCUUUAGAACAGUCCACCUCAAACACAGAAUUUGAUCAUAGUAGUCAGUCAUUAAAGGAAGAUGACACCAGCGAUUCAAAGUCAUUUUCGCCAGUUGUUAUAAAGAUUGAGUCUGAUAGUGAGGACCUAGCCAACAUGGUUCAGCCAGACAACACACAGGGAGUUAUGUCCCUUGAAGAGAGCUCUUCAGAUAUUUCUAAUUUCAAGACUUUGUAUAUGGAUGAUGGUUCAUUGUCAAUGGCAACUGGAUGUAACAGUGGAGCUGUCGUGCCAGUGGAACUUGUUCAACAUGGAAAUAUCCCGUCAAUGUCUCUGAAUGACAUAAAUCUCACAUUGUCACAUGGUAUGUUUUCAAAGAAAAGACGAUAUGUCCGGACAAAACCUUUCGCAUCUUCGCCAUCUUGUGUUCCAAGAGACCCUGUUUCAGGAAAAUUUGUAUGUACAAUCUGCAAUGGUAAAUUUCAAAAUCGGUCUUCAUUUUUUCGCCACAAAUCCCUUCAUGGUGAAAAACGUCUCCAAUGUUUUGUGUGUUUAAAGAGAUUUCAUCGAAAGGAACAUGCAUCAAUGCACAUGAAUCGCCAUGGAAAAAAUGGUGAACUUAUUUGUCCAAUAUGUCAGAUGAUUGGACGCGAUACUGUAGAAAUGGAACAGCAUUUUUGUUUAGUGCAUAAAGUGCGCAGUAUGUAUACUUACCGGAUUCACAGUGACAGUUUGAACCAAGGACUUGCAUACACAGGACAAACGUUUGGCGAGGGCUUGGACAACGAUCUCUCUUUACAGGCAUUCUCUGGUCCAAACUUCAAUAGUGAGGACAAAGAUUCCUCAUUACCGGUCACAGGAACAUAAUUAGCUUUUGUAAAACCUGUCAAAAUAUUCUCUUGUGCAAUUGAGACACUCAGAUUGUGGAACUCUAUCCUAUUGCACAUGGCAUUGUGUAAAUUCAUUUAUUCAUUGUAACUAUAAUAGUUUAUAUUCUUAUUGCUGUAAUUAUUAUUUUCAAAUCAUUGUUGUUGAUCAGCAGAUAUAUAUUAGAGAAUUUCUGUAGGAAAUUUUCAUUGCUAUAUAUUAAAUAAAAUGUCAAUUAUAUUUGUUUACAAAUUGUACAAACAAAUUUUUUUAACACACCAAAAUGAAGUGCUAGUCACAAUAUAGUUAUAUACUACUGCUGGUACAGAUGAGCUUCUCUAUAGGAUAGGUGUAUGUUUAAUUAUCUUAGUCUGAUAAAAUGUCAGGAAGUUAGAUAGGUAUAGUAUUGGUAUUGGUGCAUCUUAAAUUCAAAAUAUUAUUUUAUUCCUGAAUUAUUGUCUAACAGAGGAACAUUGGUCAAUGUCUGAAAUUCUGUUCGAAAUAUUAGCAUUAGGUCUAGAGUCACUGUCUUUGGCUUUUUAAGACUUACUAUCAAUGAAGCAUUUUAUUUGUUUUUGUUCUUGAUCACCAUAUUGCAUGUAAACACCACAUAAUGUAAUGUUUCACAGGUAUUUGUCAAUUAUCAAAAAUUAAAUUUUCGGUCAAAAUUGUUGGAUAUAAUUUUCAUGUGGGUACUUAAAAUGAUAUAUGGUUGAUACUUCUAAACAUUAUGAUGAGUGGAAAUGUAAGAACCCUAUUUCACACUGUCAUGAUUCUUUAAGGUUGUGCUUGAAUGCCUCAUGUUAAUAUUCAAAACAUUAACAAUUUUUUUUCUUCAUGUCUUUAAAGCUCAUCUGGGUGUGUACAUUUUUCACCGUGAAUAGUGCUUGUGUCAUGAUGAAAAUUAAAUUUGUGGGACUUGUUUAAUUUCAGUUCUAAAUUUUGUUUUCAGAAAAGAAAACAGAAUGUGUCUAUUUCUGUUCUAAGGACAAUUUGUAGUUUGUAGAAAAUGAAUAU